GGGCGGGGGGGGGCGCGUCCAACCAUCGCCACGGGGCGGGUGGAGGUGGGCCCGCGGCCCGUACCCGGUUCUGCCGCCUCCGGGCUUCCUUGAGCGAGCCCCUCCGUGAGGCAGCGGGGAGGCGCCGCAUUCGCAGGCCCUGCCCUCAGCCAUGCCCGCCGGCGUGCCUUGGCCCACCUACCUGAAGACGCUGGCGGCCAGCAUGCUGGCCAUGUUCGCCGGCGCCGAGGUCGUGCACAGGUACUACAGGCCUGACCUUAGUAUACCUGAAAUACCUCCUAAGCCUGGAGAACUGAAAACAGAACUGUUGGGUCUAAAAGCAAGAUCAAGCGAAGUUCAGACUUCACAACAGUGACCAGAAUUUACUUACAUUGUGAAAGCUAGAACUGAUAAAAUAUUUGUUCAAAUGUCUCAGCUGCAGAAAUCCACACGUGAAAAACUGUACUCCCUUAAUACCUUAAUUUCCUUUAAGCAGAGUUAUAGGCAGCAUUUAAAAUAAAUGUAUGAUGAAUACUGUUCUUAAAAGUCCAAUUGGUUCUGUGCCAAAAUGCUUAUGAUUUCCUCAUCUUGACUGCAGUGUAAGCAUCCUUCAGGAUGAAAGAUGUAAACUCACAUUGGUGAGUCUGAUGGAAUUUGAAACUUUCAGGCUGAUUAACAAGUAUAGGAAGUUUAGCAUAUUGAAAAGUCAAGCUUUUCUGGCCACUCUUUAGCCUUAAUAAGCUUACUUGUUCAUCUAUAGUAGAACCCCACUUACCUGUUGGCAUUUCUACCCUUUUUAGACUUUAACUUGCAUUACUGAAUGUAACCCAGAACCUGGUACAGUAAGUGACAUGUCCAAGUAAGGAAGAUUCCUUAUUGCAGCACUUCUUGCACUGGAUGACUUCUAAUGCUGGCUAACUGCUGUACCAGCAGUUACAUUGGCUUUCUGUCUAUUACUGACAGGAAAUCUGCUUUGGUCUGCUGGGGAGGAUCUUACAACUUGGUUGUAUUAGUUAAAGUGGGGCAAGUAUGUACCAAUCACACUGAAAUUAUGUACGUUUAUACUCCAUUUAGACAUCUUCUGUUUAUGGCUGACUUUGAUAGCUGUAAAUAUACAAAACUCUGAGAUAACAA